UUCAACUUGCACAAGAAAAAAAAAAAGUAAGUGAAACCAUAUUCCAUUUGGUAAAGCCGCAAUAUUUUCAAUUGGCUAAAUACUUUUCUGAAAAAGCUGAUUUUCAAAGUCACUGCGUCUUUGCUACGGCGUUUAAUUUUACCGAAAAAAUGGGGGAUUCAAACAAUCUUGAAGAAUCCUUGAAACCCUUUUACCAGAGAGCUUCAGAGGCUGAGGAACGAUUGGCAAGACUUGAAAUUUCAGUCGCUAGUAAGACAGAUCAUAAAAACGAGGAAUUGGAGAGAACAGUUGCUGGACUCCAGUCAAAGCUGAAAGAUGUCACUGCUGAGCUUGAAGCAGAACAAGAAAAGGGACACAAACAGGUCGAACAAUUAACUUUAGAGAAUGCAAAGCUCAAAUAUCGUAUCAAACAUCUAGUUCGAUCGCUAGAGGAGGUUCUUAGCAAGUUGGCAUCGAAGUGAGGGUGUCUGUUGAAACAUCCUCCCCUCCUUCACAAGGCUGGGGUAAUUUUUUCUGAAGCAGGAUGAUAGAUAGCUCUUUUACUUCAAAUACUUAGUUGCAUGUUAGCAAAGGAGUUAUUUUAACUGUUGAUUCUUACGCAUGAGUUCUAAGAAAAAGAGUUUAAAUUGUACUCAUUUCUAAAAAAAACAUUUUAAAAAAUCAUAAUCAUUGUUGCGUGCAUCUCAACUAAUUUCACGAUGUAAUUGAUACUUUCCAUCAGCACAUGUAUCAGAUUACUUUGUCUAUCAAAGCUUUGGACAAAUAUUAAUAUUAAAUGUGUGUACACCUCAAUUAUUUCAAA